CAGAUUGCCGUGUAUGUAGUUGUUUGUCUUUUGAGGUGAGGUUUCGUGAGGAUAUUUUAAGUUACUAUGGGUUAUUGUUUUUGAAGAACACACACUGAAAUGAAACGUGCGCAAGCUUUACGGCAGGUGCUGGUGGUAACUGGAUUGGCUUUUUGCAGCCUUUCCGAUGGCUUUAUAUUCGGCCAGAUGUCGGGAAUGGUGGAUGCGCUAAGUGGAAAAGACAAAUCAAUACCUUUAAGCAAAGAUGAAAUCUCUUGGAUUGCUUCCACUAUCAACAUAACAUGUUGUUUUGGCUUCGGGUUGAUCACAAUACUCACCGAGAUGUUCGGAAGGAGAAAAACAAUCACGAUAAUCACCACGCCCGUCCUAAUAUGUUGGCUCAUGGUCUACUUCGCUCAAGAUAAAUACACUUUACUAGCAUCCAGAGUAAUAGUGGGUGCAUCUUUCGGUGGAGUUUUGAUACUGACUUACGUAAAUAUCGCCGAGUACGUAGCACCGAGUAUUCGAUCACUUUGCUUGAAUUUAAUGUCUGCAUGUGGCUCAGCAACUGGCACUUUACUUGGGCACGUUUUGAGUCUGUUUCUACAUUGGCGGCAUGUAGCUCUGAUAGGUAUAAUUCCCACAGCUAUCUCCGCAAUUCUGCCUUUAUUUUGGGUAGAAAGCCCUUCCUGGCUGGCGACGAAAGGGCGAUUUAAAGAAUGCGAAACAUCCUUUAAAAAACUUCGCAUUUCGAAUGAAGUUGCCGAUUUGGAACUGAAAAUGUUAAUCAACAGCCAAAGAGUAGACAAUAACGCAACCAAAAAUGGUAACGUAUUUUCAUCCCUAUUAGCUAAGUACGUAAGAGCAUGCAAACAGAAAUAUUACAGGCGAAUCGCCGUUCUUUUGUUAGUAAUAUGUAUUUACAGAGUUGCGGCUGGUCGAAUUUUAUUUAACACGUUAAUUAUUACUAUGCUACGAGACAUUACAGGCACUUCGGAUAUAUUACUUUUCACGUUGCUGGUCGAUGGGUGUAUUCUGGUAGGUGCUGGAAUAUCUUGCGUUUUUGUUAGUAAAUUACAAAUGAGAACUUUAUUAUUCACCUCUGGUCCGGUAGCAAAUUUUGUUCAAAUCACACUGGCCCUAUGCUUGUAUCUUUGGGAGGAUAAUAGCUUUUAUGUGAGAUGGAUAAAAGUUUCACUGAUAGCUCUGUACAGUAUCUUGAUAUCGGCUGGUCCAUACGCUGUGUUGGAGACAUUACUAUCCGAGCUGCACCCCUUAGAUAUAAAAGCGUCUUCGACGUUUGUAUUAGGCGCCUUGGCUGGCGUUCUUCAGUUUUUAAGUAUUCAAUUAGCGACGCAUCUGUUUUCUGUUAUAGGCUAUCAUGGAGUUUUCAUUUUUAACGCAUGCAUUGUAUUCAUCUGUCUUUUGUACCUUUAUUUCUAUCUGCCAGAAACAAAGGGUAGGACGUUACAGGAAAUACAGUUUUAUUUUAUAGAUAAUAGUUACGGAGAUAAAAGUAAGAUGAUGAACUCGGAGCAACAAAAUGAUUUAUUAAGCAAAGAGAUGAUCAAGGUCGUAACUUAAAAACAUAGAUAUAAAAUACUCCUUUAAAUUAUAUUUUUGGAAUUGAUACGUCGACGUUUUAAUCUGCACAUUUACUAUUGAGAUUAAAAAUCAAUUUAAUCCAAAAUCUUCAGAUUGUGAUAUAGAAAUGGUUAGUGCUUUAUCUCUAGGGAAGUGUUGCUAAAUGGAAAGCACUGUUAAGUUUAAUCUUAACUUGAAGUUGUGAUAAGAAAAUAACACAGACGUACAUCCGUAGCAUUCAUCUUUUGCGCUCGAUGUACGGUGUUUGUUGCAUCGAAUUUGUUGUAUUGAAAAAUAGCCUUAAUAGUGGGUAAGGCUUCAGCUUUCCUUUC